AUGGGAAGCCCUCGGAUUCAACUUAUGGACAUGCCGCCAGAAGUUCUCUCACUCGUCAUCUCCCAAACACCGCUGCAAACUCGGUUUCAACUUCGCCUUAUCAGUAAGGCCUGCUACCGUUUAGCGACGCCCGAAGCCUUCAGGCAUAUCCGAUUGAUCGGGAACGGGGCGAAGAGAUUCAAGAGGAUUGCCAUUACUCCUCAUCUUCAACGACACGUCAGAGAAAUCACCUGCGACGGAGGAGAUGCUGCCGCGUGGGAAAGGAAUGGCGAGGCAACAGACACGGAUAACCCCUUAUCAGCCUUUUUGGCCGCUCUGCCGUUCAUUCGGCGAUUCUCAGGAUUGAGAAUCUUGAACCUCGCAUUCCACCGCACUCACGAUAUUGACAAUUCGUUUCUCGAACCAGUUGCCUUGGACUGUUAUUUCUUCAGGCAGUGGGUCAUGCUUGCUGCGUUUCACAGCGUUCUCGGCAAGCGCGUCAUUGAGGACGUCAACUGGAACCCCGACAGAUAUGAUGGGCGACAUGGACUUCUGAGAGCCUUGAUCGUAGGCAACGGCAUAACGUUGCCAAAGGACUGGCACUUUCUGAGAGAAGAGUCCUCAACCAUCAACUUGGAACAGCUCAACAUCACAAAUCUGGCCGGCACAACGUUUCAUGACUACAAGGAAACCGAAACCAACGACUGUCCAUUCUGGAAGCGGCCGGCAGUUAAACAAAUCACCUCCCUGCCAAGUCUCAAAAGCCUAAGUCUGAUGAUCACUCCAGACAACAUGAGAACACAAUUUCGAGACGAAGUUACCGAGUCUUCUACUUUCGAGUCGCCAAACGAGUUCCGCUAUAUCACGAAAUGCUUACCGCAGUGGUUUGAUUCGUCUGCUGCUUGCAACCUCACCGUCUUGUCCCUCUACUAUGAUGAGCUAUGGGGAUAUUACCCAAAGUUCGACUUCCGUCUCAUCAACCCAGGGAAUGGGUCAGACUCAGGAUUUCCGCACCUUGGAGUUCUUUCCCUGACAAGGUACUGCUUCAGCCAUGAAUGGCAGAUAGAGUGGGUUGCCUCGCUUGGCCGAAAUGGCUUACGGGAGCUUUACCUUGAUGAGUGCGCACUACUUUCAGUUGCCUUCUGUUCUACGGGUCCAGAGAGGGCGGAUGAAAACUCUUACGCGCAAAGCAUUGACGGAAACGCGAUUGCGUUUUCCAACCAAGGUUAUUUACCUGGGUCUUGGAAAGGCGGCCACAGCUGGGACCCGUGGGCGGUAUACUAUGACUCCAACCUCAAAUGGAGUCAGUUCUUCGACUACUGGCGCGUCUCGAUGUCUUCUUUGAAGGUAUUCAGGAUGGGAUCCACAGAGGCUCAUACGACGUGGUCCCAUGUCAAGAUGACGGAUUACUGGGGGAGGCCACUGCCUCGGACUGCAGUCCCUGACGGCUACUUUUUCGAUAAGAUCAAGACGGAGGCGCACACCAGAUUUCACGAUGACAGCUGGCGCAAAAGCGUACGGAUGGAAGAGCUCAAGGUUCCAUUCUACGUCAAAUUCAUGCCGGAGCCCAUCGACGGCCACAAUCGAAAUAUCCUGCCGUGGAUAUUCUUGCCAGCACGGCAGCCACCGUUGACUGGCAAAAUUCCCGAGGCUUUCAAUGACGACAUCACCGCCUUAGAGAUGCUCAGAGAGACUGUAGAUGCACGCUCGAGGGGCGUUAUUUAA